GCCCAUACUAAAGAUGGCCACCUGACGUCGUCACUAAAAGCGUGCGCACCGCCCUACUAAUUCUUCAGGACCGGAAGUUUUCUCUGCUUGUUGUUGAUGUCCACGCGGGACAGACAUGUCUUUGGCUAAAGAUUUACUGCAUCCAUCCUCCGAGGAGGAAAAGAGAAGACAUAAGAAAAAGAGAUUGGUACAGAGUCCAAACUCUUACUUCAUGGAUGUCAAAUGCCCCGGUUGCUACAAGAUUACAACGGUUUUCAGCCAUGCACAAACAGUAGUUUUGUGUGUAGGAUGUUCAACUGUGUUGUGCCAACCAACAGGUGGCAAAGCGAGGCUUACGGAAGGAUGUUCUUUCAGACGAAAACAACAUUAAUCAUCCCCUCUCAUGCUUGACUUGCUGCUGAUCACAAAAUGAAAGUUUCACCCCUCAGGAUGAUUUGCCUUACGUCUGGUCCUAUAAGCCACUUGUCUUGCUGUGGUGUAGUAUGAUCUUGCUGGCUUCUCAAAUUCAGGGAGAUUUUUCCAGUUGAAGAUAACAUGCAAACCAUUUCCUAAAUAAACACAAAUUUGCAAAGGA